UAUCGCCUAUCGGGCAGAAAUACUGGAAUUGUUCAGGUUAGUAUUUUUGGAAUUCCAGUAUUUCUCCUGCGCUAUGUCCGUAUCAAUGGCAUAUUCAAGAAAGGGUCUCACUUCUCCAAGCGGAAAAAGAAGCAGAAAAAUUGCGUGUUAUUUCUUAUUUGGUGCUGUUUACGUUGAUGCUGCGGAGAUGCAAGUAUGCAGCGGCCGGCGUGGCCAGUCAACAUUGGUGCACACACAACUUUUGUGGAGGAGAAACGUGUGCCGCAGUCCGCGUCAUCUAAAGGCUUAUGUUUGUCUGUGUGUGUGCGCUUUGUUUAUCGUAGCUGCUCAUCUCGCCGCCGCAGAGAUGACAUCGUGUGCCAGGCAGCGGCCAGUCUGGCCCGUCCGGCAUGAUGCAAGCGUUCAGACUGUGGCGGGUGAAGAAAUGCGCCGCAGCCCAUCGACGUCUGCAGGAAACGCUCCGUUUUCUUUCUUCCAGACUUGGAACGUCGGUGACUGCCAUCCCGGAUGAUUGCCCAGUGGCCAAGUAAGGAGUCGGAAAAGCAGUGAACGGCUGUGGUAUCACCCAGUUGAAAGAUUUAUUUAAUUAGCUUGAAUUCACUUUUUAUUUAUUUGUAGGAGCAGGGAAGGUCCCGCUCCAUUCGAA